AUGCAUUCCUGGUGCAGGUUGUAUCAACACAGCCCCAACCCCGACCCCAUGCCAGGAAAGCAGGAACGGCCAUGCGGAGAAAUGCUUCCAAUGGAAGAAAUGGGGAAUCAAACAUGGGUUUUGGAUUUUCUCCUUUUGGGUCUCUCUGAUCAACCAGAGCAGCAACAAUUUAUCUUCAGGUUUUUUCUGGGCAUAUAUUUCAUUGGGACACUAGGGAACCUCCUUACCAUUCUGGCAAUUUAUUUUGAUCCCCAUCUCUAUACCCCUAUGUACAUCUUCCUCUCCAACCUAUCUUUCCUUGAUUUUUGUUUUACCUCUACCACAGUUCCCAAGAUGCUGAUAAAUUACAUGUUAGGAAGUAAUGCCAUCUCCUAUACAGGAUGUCUGACUCAAAUGUAUUUCUAUAUUGCCUUUGGUGCUUCAGACAGCCUCCUCCUUUCUGCAAUGGCCUAUGACCGCUACCUGGCUAUCUGUCACCCUUUACAUUAUGGCACAGUCAUGACUUCAUAUCUUUGUAUCCUACUGGUGACUGUGUCUUGGGUUUUUGCUCACCUCAUUUCAAUGGUACACACCAUAAUGAUGACUCAACUAUCUUUCUGUAUAAAUAAUAAAAUUCCUCACUUCUUCUGUGACAUAAAUGCCUUGAUAAAACUCUCAUGUUCUGAUGCUCAUGUCAAUGAAAUGUUGGUUCUUCUUUUGGGGGGACCAGUAAUUUUAAUUUCUUUCAUAUGCAUUGUGGUCUCUUACACUCCUAUUGUCUUCAUUGUGUGGAAGGUCCCAUCAGUUCAUGGGAAAUGGAAAGUCUUUUCUACUUGUGGUUCCCACCUGUCUGUGGUGUCUCUAUUUUAUGGUACCAUCAUUGGUGUGUAUUUCAACCCCUCCUCCACUCAUACAACUCAAAAAGACAUGAUAGCAACUGUGAUGUAUACAGUAGUCACCCCUACACUAAAUCCUUUCAUCUAUAGCUUAAGGAACAAUGAGUUGAAAGGAGCCCUAAGGAAGUUUCUUAGGUUGCAAUGUUUCUCCAAGGGAUGA